GAGCCCCCUGCGACGGCGUGGCAGGCGACCUCGCCCGUCACGCCCAAGGCCAAGCCCAAGAAGAAGAAGGUCAAGCACACGGACAUCCAGAUUGUCGAGCGCUUGCGGAGCCUCAUCGGCUACGUGGACACCGCCACAGGCGCUCAGAGGCAGGCCAUCACGACGACGGUGGUCUGCAACAAGCUGAGGGAGCUCAUCGCCACUUUCAGCGCGGCCAAACCUGACAGCCCGCUGGAGGAGGCCCGCUCCAAGCUCGAGACGAUCACGGAUCCGCUGAUCAUCUUCUCCUCGACGGAGGCGGGGUAUACGGCAGCGGAGCAGGUGAGAAGGGCGCGCGGCAACAGGACGGACAUCACGCAUGUGGUUCUGGAUGCAUCAGGUGAAGAUCAUGUACUCUUCCAUGGGCCGAAAGGCCCGAAGAAGAUGAAGGCCCGCAUCGUAUAUCACGGAGAGCUCGCCCCUCGCAGAGCGGGCCUCGACGCGGCCAUCAAAGACGACGAGGCGGUGCAGCACGAGAAGUUGUCCCUCGUGAGCUUCCGCAUCACGGUAGUGCAGGAGAUGACUGAUGAGUCGCUCUAUCAUCAGAUUUACAACCAGCCUCAGGCUAUGCCGACGGUGGUGUUGGGAGAUGCGGCGGCGGCUCAGAUCGUGCGUACGCGGGGUGCUAUCGCAUAUGAGGCCGAGACAACGUGCGUGGUCACGGUCCCCAAGAUUUUCGAGGUGAAGAUGAGUGAGAUUUUACCGCCGCUGGGUUGUUUUAUUAUGAAGCAGGCAUCGACGACGACUCCCAAGUGGUUCACCCAGAACGAGGAGGGGACGCCGAAGGACUAUCUCAAAAGAGUUUGUGGGCUAUUAAAAGAGAAGCGUAAUCUGUUGGUGUACCGUCCAUACGGACGGGCCAAGCUUGGUGCGACCACGCAGGUCAAUGCUCCAGGCAUGCUCGAGCUCACGAAGUAUUAUAUCAAGCACGCGCUCCCGACCUGGACGACGCCGCAGCUGGUGGCGGACUGGGCCACGGAGAGAGGGUUCUUGCGGGUGCAGGAGCCGACCAGCAGCUUCGACGGCUGCGUCAACGGCACCAGCGGCAACUACGCCGACUGCUGGAGCACCAACGGUCACGCCGACGAAGGUCGCGGCCUGCAUCAUGUUUCCCCGAGUGGGCGAGAGCCGCCCAUCAACGCUUUCGAGCCGAAGGGUCCGAUCCAGGGCCACCUCCGCAUGCUGGUGCAGAGGGCGGGCUUGAAGAAGGUGUACGGCACGACGAAGUUGCAGGCGGAGUACCAUGGCACGACGGGGGACCCUGCGGGAGCCCUGGCGGUGAGGCUACUGGCGCAUGAGGCGAAGACGGAUAUUUAUAUUUGGGCAAAAGAUGCGAAUGGCAAAUGGAUAGCGUACGGACGAGAGCCGAACUCCAAGACGAAGAAGAAGGAGAUCUGGUUGACCCUAGAGGACCAGCACUACCAGUGGCUGGAGCCUCGAGCGGACAUCCAAGACCUGCCUGCGUACCAGAACACGCUACGUCUGUGGCGUGAUCAAGCUUUCCCGUACCCUCAGCAUGGCUUGCAGGGCAGUGUGAUGAUGGGUAAGCGCAAGUACAACUCCUUGCUCAGUGUGCAGGCGGACAGGCACUGGAGGAAGUGCCAGGGCAAGCCAGCGCCCAAGAUCGGGAAGAUCGUGCACUCGCAUAUCUCCCAGUUUCUCGCAAACUCCGCCAAGAUUCGUGAGAACGUACGCCAGCGUGGGUUUGCCAAGCAUCUGUUGUGGAAGGCAAAGCUACCGAUCAGUAUUCAGGAGGCUGUGUGUGAGUAUGAUCCUCGUACGGUGUUGACGAUCCCAAACUCUACGAAGAACUGCACAGCCUACAAGUGCACGCGGUGUGGUAUCCAGAGGGCGCUGGGACAGGCGCCUUGGAAUAUAUGCAGUGGGAGACAUAAUGAAGUUACGCGGAAGCAGUUCUUGACAAGUACGGUCGGAGUAUCACGUAUGCGGCAUUACUUUGAGGAGGAGCAGAAGCGCAUCCAGAAGAAGAAGGCCAACUUCGGACCCGACAAGCGUGAGAAGAGGAAAAAGUAUUGGGCCGAGUACUCCAAGAGGCCCGAGCACAAAGAGAGGAAGCGGAUCCAGAACCAGAAGCUGGACAAGAGGAGGUUGAGGAGUGGCCCCGAGCGCGAACGCUACCUGAUCCAGAAGCGCAAGCGCGGGAAGGAGGCUUGGAAGAAGAAG